GUUCCGUUAGAUUUUAGCUAGGUUACACUAUUGUCAUUUAUUUUAGUAACCUAUAAGCUAAUGCAUUUUCGUACCACUAUUUACAAAUACAUUAAUUCAUUGAGGUAACUUUAGCAUGGAUUUUGGUACCACUAUUUCAAUUUUGAACUAACCAUAAACCACCUUUUGUUCUGAUGAACAUAAACAAGCAUUGAAAUAUAGAUAAAUUAUCAGUUUUUAAAAUUGAUUGGUUGUUAAAAUUUUGACUAGAAAGGUCAUUUUGUGGUGAUUAGAUCAUCUUCAUUACCUUGCAAUACACCUAAAAAAUUUUGUGAUUUUUAUUUAACAACCACAAUGAAUUAUAAUUGGUGAGUGUUUAUCUCUACGUACUUCUUCCUCUUCUUUUAAAGAAAAAAAGAAAAUACCUAAGCUUUCUUGUGGUCUCCCUACUCGAUUUGAGAUAGACGGUAGAUUCCAAAUCUAAUAAUUUUUCUCUGCGUACUCUUGCAUCACUCAACAAUCUCUCUUUUCUUGUGACGGGAGUUGUCUUCAAAUCAUUGUUUCAUGUAUUUUUCAAAUGAAAAUUUUCACUUAAGACCGAUGAUAGAUCUUGACCUGAGAGUCAUCUUUGGAGUGAUAUGGUAGAGCCUUUGUCGUUGGAUCUUGACCCUUUGUUUUUGACCCGUUGUUUCAUAUACUUUCUCGACACACCUCUCGUUUGAGAACAAUGAUUGGAAUAAGGCCAUAAGCUUUGAGAUGCCGUAGCUAUAGCCUUUCUCACUGUUCCUAUCUUCCUUUCGAUGAAAGGAAAUUCCAAGUCGCUAUUUAUGCAAUUUUAUGAUGCGCUUCACAAUAGUUGUGUGGGAAAAACAAGACGAGAAGAUAAGAAUGAGUGAAAGGACGAUGAGAAAAAGCAACAUCGAAAAAAUAUAAUAAAACUUAAAUUAUUGUUUUUAUCCCCACUUCCUACCCAUUAAACGAUAAUGACCCUCCGAUUUUCCUAAUCACGUGGGGUCGCAGUAAAAUCGCGAUUAAUUUCUUAGUUACAUACAUAUAGAUUCAAACCGGCUUUAUUCAAAUAUAUAUCGUUGCAUUCAAAUCGAACCAAAGGAAACAAUAACAAGCUCUAAAACAUAUCGUUGCAUUCAAAUCGAUUCCCCCAAGCAAGCAAACCAUUGGGAAGUUAUGAUUAUCCAACUGCAACAACCAUUGAAAAGACAAAUAUGCAACUGCCUGCAACAACUGCUUGUGAACGCCAAAGCCCACCACGUGAUUUUGAGAUGGCAGUUUGGCUGUGUAUGGAGAGAAUUCGAAAGCUCUGCUCAGCCAUAUAAUAUAGCCGACGAUUGCAGUUUGAAAGCUGCCCCCAACUAAUCACGUUGCUUUCCCUUCUCAAACUGUGUUGCUGCCUAUUCAUUAUCCACAGCCAUCGUCAUCUACACACACUACAAGAAACUGCUGAUUUAGCGACGGUUAUUUUGGCCUUUAGUGACGGUCACAACCGUCGCUAAAAGCUUUAGUGACGGCCAGCUAACCGUCACUGACCCAGCAGUCCUUAAGUUAUUUAGUGACACUUUUGGUCGGCCGUCGAGAGGAACGUCAGUAUAUGUUCGUGACAGUUUUAACCGUCGGUAUUUCAAACAGGCCCGUCAUUAAAUUGGCAGCUGUAAGAUGCGUCAGUUCGUUUUACGAUGGUCGACAACCGUCGCAAAGUGUAACCACCGUCACUAAAUACACCUCUUGUUCACAUACCUGCUGUUACAGGCCACGAAACCAAUCCUGAAGUUAUUUUUCCAAACACUAACCCAGCACCAUUAACUAAGAAACAGAAUCACAACAAUUUUAUUUCAAAAAAGCAUUGAUAGCAACAAAGUCAAUCUUGAACACAAAAUCUCGGUAACAGAAAUCCUUAACACCAAAAAUUAAUGUCAUGUAUGGAAGGGUGUAUUUCUCCAAAUCUCCAACCUUACAGAUACAUUUAGGGUGCUUGACGGCAUGAGAUAAAAAUAAACAACAACAUCCAUGAGUACCUCCUGCUAGACUCCAGUCCAUUGGGGAAAUCUGACAAAACCAUAACAAGAUAGUGAAAAGUAAUUAACUACCUUGGAAGAUCUAAUGGAAUAUGCUUCCUAACCACAAAUGAUACAAUGACUUAACUGAAAUUCACAGCCACUAGACCCAGAGCACUCGUAAGGCUAUAGGGGUAGGAAAAUUAUAAUUAGUUGACUGGAAUUCCUUGUAAAGAGGCUGGAGUCAUUCGAUCUGGGAUCAUCAUGGUGAUAUUCAUCUAGAAUCAGAUCUUUAUAUGGAAUCAUCAAUCUGGAAGCACAUAGACUCACAAAAGAUGCUAACUUCAAAUCCUAGUUCCCUUUUCAAGAUCAAAGAAGGUGAGCCUAAUCCUCCUACAUUAAAAGAAUCAGCUUAACACAUGACAGGAGAUUAGUGACAUUAAGAGCUUGGUCAUUGCAGACCAAACAACUAAUUGUAACUCUAGAACAUUCAAGGAAAUUGAUAAAGAAAAGGGUUUUUUUGCUUCCUAUAUCAGCAUAAACAAACAUAUGAUAAUUGCAAGAUAUCAUCCACUUUAUGGAACAAUGUCCGCAUAGCAGAAAGCCAAAAACCAUAAAGUUAAUGAGACCCCAUUCCAAUGUUAUGCAGUAAAAAUCAGGCUGGUAGGUUCCUGGAUCAUGAUACGAAUAGGUCAACCAGCCAACUCAAGCCUGGUUCAAAAUAGAUUUCAUAAAAUGCACCAAGAAAAGAGAUAUAAAUAAAUCCAACCAACCUUGUUCAAUGCAGCGAGACUCAGAACCUUGACUCCUUCAAGUCUAUGCGCUCUGAAAACCUAGUUGGCGGAGGAGGGUUAACAGGAUUUGCUCCCCCAGCAUUCUUAGUACUCCACUGUUUCCUCUGCAUGCAUAGAACACGUUAGACUUGAUGAGUUUUCUUUUCAAGAACAAAAAAGAAAAAGAAAGGAACACAUUGGAUAGCGAAAAGCUUUAAGAUCAUUCUACGGGAUAACAGAGCUUACGGGUUUAGCCUAGUAACUCAAACUGUCAUUCUGCCAAGAGGCAGUGAGAUAUGUCAACCAGCUGAUUCUCACUCAAAUCCCUACAAAUAAAGAACCAAAAUCAGAAGACAGCGUUCAACAUAUACAGUAGUCUCAAAAUCAUAGAGCAUUAAGAGCUUGAUGACAAUGUACUAGCACCGAACCCAUCCAAGCAUCUCAGUCGUCUACCUUAUUCAUAUUCUUCUUCUUGUUUUUGUCCAUUCUUUUGGAUAUCCCGAAAAAGCUUUUAAUGAGUUCCAAGAAACUUUCCAAACCAGGAAAAGUGGUUCAACUUUAUUUUAGUUCACAAUUUGAAAACUGGAACAGCAGAGACAAUCAAUGGCUACCUGCUCUUUCUUAGAUUGUUGCUAGUUGUGCUUCCUUCUCUAGCUUAAGUUGCUAUAAAAUCAGAAUGCAUUUGGUUUAACUCAUUAGAAGGUUUUAUUCAUGAAAUUAUAACUAAUGAGGCAUUUAGGGAGCUGAGACCAUGGUUCCAACGCCUACAGGGGAUUUGCUCCCAACCUCUGAAAACCAUUGGGAGACCAUGAGAUUUUUUUUUUUUUUUUUGCAUAGGGUUAACUAAUAGAAAUUUACUAAUUACCACAAGUAACAGCAGCAUAACUUCAACGAAGUAUUUAGAGUAGUUUGAUUGUAAGUUCAUAGAAAUUUAAGCUCCUCAAUCACUGAAAGGAUGAGACAAAUGAGCAAUAAUUGAUUAGCAAGAUACUUAUCAGAAUCUAUUCAGGGUUCCUAUGCAGGUGAUAGUGCUACUUUAAUGUUUUCAGAAUCUCGUCAGGUAUAAGGUAUGAGAUUUCUUCGAGAACUCUAGCAAGUGUUGUUCUUGUUUUAUCAAUGGUUUUAUCGGCACAAUCUCCACUGGUGUGCCCAGUGGCAGUUCUUCCUACCCCAUUUUCUAUCAAAUUCCUAACUUUGUAUAGAUUCUUCUAUAUCCCAACAACCUAAGAAUUCUACAGUAACCCCUAUGAACAUCAAACAUGGCACUACUGAAUGUGUGAUCCAACACAUAUCUAAAUUACCUUCCUGAUCAAUAGGUAAGUCCUCAAUUGGAGUUUUGUAAACUGUCGCAGUUGACAAAGCACAUUUGGGAGUAUAAUAGUGAUUAGAUGAACCAAGAAGGAAUACCCGAGAACUAAAACAACAAACAAGCACCCCACGUAUCAGCAUCAAACUAUCAGAGUCUUAAGAUUCAACUUCCGAACAAGAAAGCAACCAAACCAAUCUUGCCAGAAUAGCAUGCACAUGCUGCAUGCUACGAAAUGUGCCCAUUGAAAUGAAGAUACUAAGUAAGAAGAAGGGCAACACACUUGUAAGUAGGGUCGAUAUUUCCAAAUCCACAAGCGGCUGUGCGGCCAGAAUACCAGUAACCUGCGUGCCUGUGAGAGCCAGACCCAUAGAAUUCAAGGAAAAUUGGCCAACCCAAAGGGACAAUUGAAAAGGAAAGGGUUGAAGAAUAAACAUACGGAGCAAUGACUCCACAAACAUCAGAUGACUUUGGCAGUCCAGCAGCAUUCAGCCACCCAUCAAGUUCUUCUUUGAGCUUCCUAGCUGCGGAUGAAACAAGGAAAACAAUAUCAUAAUUCGUCAACUACUGCCCUGCGUUAAGGGAGUUGGGGUGAUAUAAAAUUACAAAUUUUACGGCUUUCCAAGAGUUUGGACAUCUACAUUUCAUUGCUCGAUCAACAGAAACGAAACCCUCCAUAAUAGCAACAUGAUAACAGUUCGAUUAAGCUUCCACAUUCAAGUUUCCCCUAAACCCCUAAAUUCAACCUUUAGCUCCGCAUAUUACAGAGUUGGACCAGAAAGCAAUUUACCUCCAAUACAUUGACAGACUGCUAGAACUCAACCUCUAGAGUUGAUAAUGAAACAUGAUAAUGCAUUACCUAUCUGUUAAUCUUUCUAUAGAUGUCAAACAGAUUAUGAACCAAAACGCAUGUAUGGGUGAAAUGAUGGCAUUACCUGCCUACAGAGUAGCUGCAUUUAUGCUGUCAUUAUCAGUCCUAAUGUUUAAGUUAGUGAAGUCCCCAUUAACAAGGCAGCUAACGUGGAAUUUCAUGAAUAUGGCCUCAAGGAAUUUGAUUACUAGAAGAUGCUAACCUGGAAUUGAAGUAUUUUGACCUAAAAUUCCUCCGAUUGUAUGUACCUGUUGAGCUUCAAGCCCUCAUUCGCGAGCACUGAACUACACAGAAAACUUUAUUCAACCACCGACUACCAAACCCUAAUUCGAGUAUUACAAUCUCAACCGCAAGAUCAUAUAGAACUACUCUCGGAAGUGGAAACUCGAAUUGAAGGAAAACGAAAGCAAAGACGCAAGAAAUUCACCGAGCGAAGACUUCUAUGUCAAAGCCAGCCAUCAAAAAAGCCAGAGGCAAGAUCUGUGAAACUCACUUUGAAGGCAGAGCGAGCUCUUCCUUGUGGAGCCGUAAAAGAGACGGUGACAGCUCUAUCACUUGCAUCCAUAUCGAUUGAAAUAGCCACCGCGGUCGCCAUCUCGCCUCCGUCUUCAUCAAUCGGUAGAGAAUCGGGUCAUCUAGGGUUUGAAGUCGGUAGGAAACAGCGAAGAGAGAGAACAGAAACGCUUCGAUCUCUCGCAUUAUCGAGAUUGGGGAUCUUUUUUUUUUUGGGUGAGAGAUUGGGGAUUUUUUAGUUGACGUCUAAGAAUUCAUUUCAAUAAUAUUAUUAUUAUACUUCUAAAAGUAAAUACACUGAUGUGGGGCAGCAAGAAUAUUACACCCUUUCAACAAAAAACAAAAGAAUAUUUACACACUUUCCCACGGUCGAUCGACGGCACGGAGCCCUCCGUCAAAUCCUUAAACUUAAUGACGGUCAUCAUGCCGGUCAUUAAAAUAAUGUCAUUAAGUCACACUUUUGUUGUAGUGACACAUCACUUUCUUGCUCAAUUUUUCUCAUAUACAUGUAAGGUAAGGUUAAUUGAGAAAACUUUGGGGAAAGUUUUGGACACUUGCCCUAAUUGAUUUGUACGGGCUAGCUACCCAGACACUCUUCCUCUAUGCCAUUGUCUUCUUAUAUAUGGAAAAAUGUAAUGUAUAACCAUGCUCCAAACAAAGAGAUGGAAGAGAGAUCAUGGAAAGGAAUGCAGUAACUGUAUCACAACAUUACAACCAAUAUGGAAAAGGUGUAGGGUUGUGGAAAAACUCAUGAUAACAGUGCUACAUAGUAGGAUAAUCCUCCGAUGAGGGUUUCGGUUAGUCGAAUUGUAUGUUAUAACGGAAUGAGAAAUCGACGAUGCAAAAAAUGUAAAGAACGUGCAUAUCUAUAUAGUUCACUAAUACGAUGUGAGCCGACAUAUACUAGUUGUACCGCGCGGAAUAAACUAGUUGUAUAUGUUUCCCGCCUUUUUUUUACAUAUUUUGUUAAAUCAGAAUAAACCGCGACAUAUACUAGUUGUACCGCGGUCGGACCAUACCACUUGCUAAACCAGCGUAAUGGUAUCAAACCGGUUUAACAACCUUACACAAUUUGCUUGCAUGAAAAAAAAUAUAAUAGACAAAUAAUUAUACACAAGGGACAAUAAGGUUAGUUGUAUUUCAUACCCCACAAAUCUGAUUUAGCAAAACCCAUCAUGAAAUCUAUCAAGCAAACAAUGGUUUGGUCCAAAUCCAUAUCUGACCAAUUCCAAUAUUCCAUCGUAAAUCCAUGAUUUUAUCAAGGUUUAAGAAGGCGCUACACGUAAGGCGGGCGUUGAGACCUUGCCUAGUGCCUAACUCACUUAGACGCGUAGCCUAAGUGUGCCAGGUGUUGAAAGAAAUCAAAUAAUAAUAAUAAAUAAUGCUUCCUAACUUGAGUUAAAAUAAUUGAUAACUUAAAGAUGAAAAAAUUUUACUGAAAAUUAGUAGAAUUGGAGCUCAAUAGCUCAGAAAGUUCUUGAGCUAUUCAAAUUAUUGAUAUGGAAAAUUGAUUUCAUAAUUGAUGUUAAUUUUCUUCUUUAAUAUUGACUGCACAUCUCCAUCAAAUUAUGCCUAGAAUAUACUUAGAUGUCGUCUCACUCCGUUGCGCAUGUUCCCAAAAUUUAACUAAACACGAUCGCCUUAGACCAGGCAUUUUGACAUUACCUAGUACCUCAGGAUAAGAUUAAAUACGUCUUUUUGAACCAUGAAUCUUAUAAAACCCAAGUUUUAAUGAAAAUCUUCAUCUCUUCAAAUGCACGAAGCAAACCGCCUUUUAUUUAUGGGGGAUCAAUUGAAUUCGUUGCUGGCGUGGUGAGGGAAUCAUUUCUCUCCACACCACCUUUGAGCAUGGUGGAAAUUUCAAUGACGGUUGUGGUUUUUGCUUGAUGUUGGAUGAAAUACUUAAUCUAUGACGUGACACCAGGAUUGUUAUGACGAUCGAUAAGCUUUUGUAUCUGUUAUUAAUUAGUACCAAUAUCCCUCAACCUCAAGGUACGUAUAUCCAUGAGCAGAUGGGAGCAAGCCCACAUUAAGGUUCCAAUGCCCUAGACUCUAGGACAUCCGUCAGUCAUAUGUCAGGUCAUUAAUUAUAUUUGUUACUGUUUAUACUUACUUACUUAGUAUGGUUAACAAAAUUCUCCAAUUUGAGCAUAUAUGAUCUGGUGUUAGGCUAUUGAUUUUCAAUCUGAACAUUUCAGGUUCGAAUCUUAACGUGACGAACGCUAUAGCGUUCUAAUUAUCAUGGCAAAUAAAGCGAGGUUGGACAAUGCCCAUAAAAUCAUAGUGGGGGAGCCAGCUUAUUUUGGUUGUGUAUUAAGUCGUAUUGAUAUUUUUUCUAUAGAAUAAUUGGAUUAAUUGCACUCAUCAAAAUGACAUUCACUUUGAUAUAUUUUGGAACAACAAUGAAAUUGUAACAUUUAUUAUCAUUCCAUACCAGCUGAUAAUUGCUUAGUGAGUAUAUAAGGUUAUACCACACGUAUAUGGAAGUGCACCAUGAUGAUAGGAAAAUACCAAAGUUUAGAAUGAUUGUAUACGUAAUAGUAUAUGUAUAUUGUUUAGAAUGAUUGUAUACGUAUAUGGAAGUGCACCAUGAUGAUAGGUUCGGCUAUUAUAUUGUUUAGAAUGAUUGUUUUCGAAAAGGUUUGGCUAUUAUAUUGUUUAAAAUAAAAGGUUUGGAUAUUAAAUUGUAUUUAUCCAAUAUACUACUAGUCAUUUAUCACUUUUCAUCGCCAUCUACCACUAGUCUACAGUCUGCCACCCUAUAACAAAUUUUGGAUAUGGUCUCAGCGUGUAUGAUUUAUGCUUUCAGAAUACGGGCAACUCAAAUAAAUUCUUUUUCCCCUCUAUGCUUAAUUUUAUCUACCAACUUAACUUGCGAUUCUGGUACUGAAAUUAUUUCUGUUUCGUAUACCCAAUUUAAUUCUCAUUAAAAAUAUAGCCGUUGAAUCAUUUACAAAUGAUUGUUUAGUGAUGCAUUUAGUACAUUAACAUGGUGAGGAACUUGAUAAAUAUGAUGAUAAUAAUAACAAUAAGAUAAUUAGAGAAGUAGUGUGCAUAUUGCCCAAGCUGCCAGGCUCAAGUGACGCGUUUGACUUCACACCCCAAGAGGGGAAAAGCGCCGGAGAAAAAGAAAGGAGGGAUCGGACGCGUUGACCCCUCAUUAGUUUAGGGAUUUCUAAUAAAUUAAACUAAAUUAG